GACCCGCGGUCGUCCAGCACACACUCGCUAGUGCCCUCAUUCCACGGCGAUGACGACCGGAGGACCUUACUGGUCGUCUAUAUCCAUGGGUUCAUGGGCGACAACACUUCGUUCCAGUCCUUCCCGGCCCACGUCCACGCCUACCUGAAGGCGAUGCUGGCAGGCUCCCAUGUCAUCCACACCAAGAUCUACCCACGCUACAAGACCUACAAGGCCAUCGAUAUCGCCAGGGAUAACUUCAGCAGGUGGCUUGAGCCUCACGAGUCCGAGACCACUGAUGUCGUUCUUGUCGGCCACUCCAUGGGGGGCCUGCUGGCUGCUGAUGUGGCUCUGAUGCCCUCACUAAAUCCCGUGUACGGGCACCCAUUAAAGCACCGGAUCUUGGGGACUGUCUCCUUGGAUGCGCCACUGCUGGGCCUGCACCCUGGCAUCAUCAAGUCUGGCAUAGCAAGCCUCUUCCGCAAGGCCCCAGACCCCCCAGGAAAAGGCCAGGACCCUGCAGAAGGCUUGGCUUCCCAGAACGCAUCGGGUUCCAUGAGCACGCUGAGCUUCUCGACGGAUGGUGCGAGCUCGUCAGGGAUGAUCUCGACAACGCCCCUGACAGCCACCUCCUCUGACUCAACAAGGCCGGAUCCAACCUACAAUCCACCUUUCUUCAACGACGUGCAAUUUGUCGACAGAGGCUGGUGGAGGAACGUGGCACACUUUGCAAAAAAGCACUACUCAGAAGGACUCUUCUCCUCCACGUACCAACACCUGCUUUCCCACCUCGAGUUCGGUGCCUGCCUCGCCGACUACUCGGCGCUCAACAGCAGGUACAACAGGCUCCGCCAGCUCGAGGACGUUGAUGAAUUGAACUCGGGAGGCCAAGGAGCGCAGAGGAAGGCGAGGGUCCGUUUCAUUAACUAUUACACCGUGUCGACUGGCAUACCCAAGAAGCCACUACCGACGCCAAAACGCGCCCAAACACACCUGCGGCCAGAACUGCCUGAAUUUCAGCAGUCAACCCAUAAUAGCUCUGGAGCAUCCACACCGCGGAUCUCUAUCGAGGACUAUAGCGAUGGGGAGAGGCCGCAGACGAUGCAGCUCUUGGAUCCCGUGCCGGAGCCUGACAGCGAACCUGAGCAGGCUACAGAAGCGACUGGGCCAGCGCCAACGGAAGAUGACAGCAAGGGGAAGACAAUUGCCUUCGCUGCCGACGACCCGAAUAACGAUCUACCAGCGAUACCAGCUCUACCCGAGCCACCAGAGGUUCCUGACUUGGAGCGGUACACAGACAAGGACGCUAGAAAACAAGCAGAAAAGGAGUACAAGCGGUUGCAGAAGACGUACAACACAGCCCUCAAGGAUCGCGAGAAGGCCCUGAAGGAGAGGCAGAAACUGGUUGAGAAGCGACGCAAGAAGGCCCAGAAAGAUGCUGAGAAGCGACACAAGGAAGAAGAAAAGCGCCGCAAGGAAGAGGCAAAGCGGCUCGCCAAAGAACAGGAAGGGCAGGAUGAGGCCGGGCAGGUCGCCAGCCAGGCACAGGCACAGGCACUGCAGAGGCAGCUUACCGAGCUGGCGUUGCGCGAUGAGCUGCCGGGCGACGGCGGCGGCAGCAGGAAGCUCCACAAAUUCUGCAUGGUCCCUCCAAAGACCAAGAGCGGCGUCCGGGACUCGUGCUGGGUCCAGGUGUACAUGGAGGGCGUGGACGAGGUCGGUGCACACUGCGGGCUGUUCUUUCCGGGACCGCACUACGAAAAGCUCGUGGGCGACGUCGGGUCGAGAAUUGUCGGCUGGGUGCAUGAUGAUAUGUCUUUGAGGGCUAUA